GUAAGGACAAGCGAUACAAUUCACAUGUAAAAGAAGAAGACGCUUGGCAGCUUGGCACCUGUCCUAAUGAAGCCAAUACCCUUAUAUUCUUUCUCUUUUUGGCUGGUUCUCUUUUUGGCUGCCUUCCUUGGCUUAUGCUUUCCUAACAGGUUUGUGAGAAGUCAGAAGAACCAUACGCUAAUUUUCACCAGGGAAAGCACAAUUCGCAACUGCAGCUGCUUGGCAGAUAUCCGGGACUGUGACUACAGCCUGGCAAACCUCAUGUGCAACUGCAGAACGGUGUUGCCUUCCACCAUGGAGAAAACACGCUACAACAGCGACCUGACCAUUUGGUUCACAGACACCUCUGGGCUGGAGAUGCUCCUUAACUUUACAAGCGUGUGUGAUCUGAAGCUCUCCUUCUGCGGCACCACUCCUCUCCCAACCGAAUACUUGACCAUCUGGGGCCUGCGAAAGCUCCGAGUGAAAAACAAGAUCAAGGGACAAUUUCCAGAGCAGAGCGUAACCAUUUAUGGUAGCAGCAACAGUGAGAAAGGGGACCCGUUUGCAGCGCACAACAAAGACAGGCAAAUGUUUGUACAUAUUUCUUUUCUGGAUACCUCUCUUUUCAACGGAUAUUCUUUGCUGAAGUCUUACAGUGUGGAAAAUGUCUCUAGUAUCACAGAGUACUUUCCGAGCCUGCUGUACUCUGAUGCUUUCUCGACGUCGGAUAACAAGAGCUAUGUUGUGACAUUCAUUUACUGA